UUUCUAAAGAUUUAGCGGACCACCACGAUGCUCUGAAUGUCUGGGAAUAAUUAGCAGGAAAGGCAUGGCUCCUGAUUCUUGGAACAGUUUUGUAGGAGAGAAAGAUACCACUCAGGUAGCUAAGGAAAUAUCUAACACAUCAAAUGUGGGGUUCCUGGGGAAGGAAGCUGCAUUAAGUGGGAUCAAGCAGAUGCCUGCCAGGCUUGACUCCUGACCCUGCCUUCUCGGUAGCCAUCCACUCCUCCCGGGCUUACCACACCCACAGUUGUAAGAAACAACUGUUUACUGAUAACUCACAAACUCAUGGUCCAAGUCAAACCUUUCCCUGGAACCCUGGCUUAGGUUUCAGCCUCCUGUCUCCAUUUACUCUCUCCAGACCUCAUCCGAGCACACUGAGAUUCUUUGUGUAUCUGUUCUUUGAACAAAGACAAGAUCCAACCCAAUCCCUCAGUUGACAGGAACUCAUUCUGCAGCUGUUUUGCUAAAACUGUGCAGCUGUCCUCACUGUCCACAGCCAGGCCCUCUCCAAUAGCAAGCUGCUGCAAAGUGCAUCCAACACGGUGUGAGGGACUCUGCAUGGGGACUCUCAGUGGCUCCAGGGCCUGCCUACCAAAGACAAGUUCACGGUUACCUCUGGAAGGUGUCCACUUAGACCAGUCAGUUGUCCUGCCUGAACCCACCAGAACAGCCUCCCAGAGCAUGCAAAUGGAGGCACAGCCAUCCCUUGGUUGUCCCCGGUCUCCAGGCUAGCAAAGACCUCUGUUGUUGAACUACGUGCAGACAACUAUCCUUCUGUCUCCUGAGCCAGGCUUCUCCCUGGCAGGUAGCCGUGCUCCCACACCUGCUUAACUGAAUCCUCAUUCCCCCACGUGGAGCCAUGGGACACAUGAGCUUAUUCUAGAACUGACUCCAAACCCUCAACAAAAUCCUAUAUAUGAGGCCAGAACAGUGAUCUUGGGGGGGGGGUCACUGCUUCACCAGGCCCAGGUGGAAUUUGGGGAACAAACUGUUUUGUACAGCUGGUACUGUUGCCUCUGGGGCUUUAGACCUACGUAAUACCUCACUAGAAUGAGUCACACCAUUAAUGAGUAAGGCCAGCAUGGAAGGAAAAGUUGUCCAAAGAAGCUUGGGGAGCCCCUGUUGGAUGGACCUCCAACACUGUCACCAUUCACAUGUGGUCUUUCAGGAUCUCCUUUGCAGUCUAUACUUAAUGAUAGUCCGUCUAUGUGUCUCUGACUUCUCUUUGUGAUAGUACAGAGCUCAGGAGUUGUAGGUGACAAUAUUUACUAUUGCUAUAUCUUCUGGUAAAGCUGUGGUUAAUCCUAAACAGCUGUAUAACCAAAUCACCACACAGACACUGGGGUUUAUUUAAUUAGCCUAGAACACAAUGCCGGGCAAUAGUUGUUCCAUCCUAAACCUCCAAGCCCUCAUAGUUUCCUAACAUUUAGAUUUCCCACAUUAUACUUGCUUUUAGUGAUAUAUUAGGUCCAGUCCAUCUCUCCAAGAUCUCUCCUCCAGCCUUCCCUCCUAGCUUUCUCCUCAGCCCUUCUCUCCUCCUCCUCUGCCUCCCACCUUCCUGUCCUCUGGCUCCUCCAUCUCUUCCUGCUUCUUUUCCAUUGCUCAACAUUGUGGCUAGUUGCUUUAUUUUGGCAUAUUUACACAAAGUUGAGACAAGUGAUGCUUUGAAUAAAUAUCACAAUGCAAUGUCCAGAUUGAAACCAGAGAGUGGGGGAGCGAAAUCAGCAUUUGAAUGAACAAGGGUAAGGUGUAGACAUUCCACAAGAACAUUAUACCAACACUCAGGUAAGCCAAUGUCAUGGGUACUAGUGCUGCCAGCUGUCCACAUCUGAACAGGGAACCACUGGGACACAUUUCCCAGGAAGAAUUGCCACUCUGCAUCUCCAUCAAGAGGGUUCUGCUGGACCACCUCUGCAGGAGCUUUUACUGAUGUUCUGCUACCUUCCUCUGCUUUGGUUUCCUUUACAAGUGGAUCUGGCUCUGGCUCCCGCACACUCCAGCUUCUGGCCACUCCAAGUGGGUCAGACCUCCUCCUACCUGUGGAACCCAUCAGGCAGCAAUCUUGUGUUUCCUGUAUUUGUUUCCUCCCUUGUAAUCAUGCUGCUGCUGCUGCCACCUAUCACACUGUCUCCUUAUAUUUCUGGACUUCCCAAACCAGGGCUGGAUGGUCCAAGUGGAGCCUUUCUUUCCUAGCAGACAUAAAUAGACACAACCAUCCUGUAGGGCAAACAAGAACACAGUGGCUGGGCAAUCACUGUAGAUUUUCAAAUAAACAUAAUGAUGUUCAAGAAUGCUCACUGAAGUCUCAUCUGAGGCAGGAAGUCGCAGGCAGGCAGAGAGUGAUUACUGUGCAAUGAAAAGAAGGGCUCUCGCCCAAACUGGGAAAGAGCAAAGGCGGCAGGCAACGGCCUUGUAGCAACUCAAAUGCUGGACAGAAGACGGCCAACAUGGUUUUCAAAUGUUAGGUGUGAAACCAGGCAAGACCGUGACUGAGAAUGAAGUCAGUCCUCCAUUACCACAUGUAACAGCUGAAGAGUGGCCAGCAAUGGUGCCCAGGCAGAGUCAAAAGACCUUCUUGGGUUUAAGAGACACGGUUGAGCUCAGGUGACCAAACUGAAUGUGUACAGGUUUGAUUUUGUCAAUUAUACUUCAAUAAAACUGUAAAAACUGUGCUGAAAGCGUAAUGUAGAAUAUUAACUAUCAAUCAGGAGUGACAAAACUGUAUCUGAUAAAUAUCACUAAGUGAGUAAAGGAGCAAUAUAUAUGUGUUUGACCAUAUAUGGGUGAAUGAAUUGAUAAUGAUUGUUAGAUAAAUGGAUGAAGGAAUGAGUAGAUAAAUAUAUAGAUAAAUAGAUGAUAAAUAGAUGAUAGAUAGAUGGUAGAUAGAUGGACAGAUAGAUAAAAUUUGAUGUAAAAGGGGCUCUAGGCCAAACAUGCUAUUAUCACAAGAACUAGAAUAGAAAUUUGAAGUUAAGAGUUUGUGCUGUGCAGAAAUUGUAACCUCAGAUGAGUUUGGUUCAUAACAACCAUUAUCCUGUUCUCUUUGGUUUUCUCUAUGUUUUGUAAUUAUAGGAUGGUUGUGAUAUAUCUUUUUUAUUCUGGAACCACAUCUGUGAAAAAAGUCCUUUUGUGGAUUUUAUAUCUCUGUGGACAAGAAAUAAGGACAAGGUGGCCCCAUGCCAUGACAAUUUAGAAGUUUCUGGCUUUUUCUAAAUUCUUUAACAAUGCCACAGGUCAGUAGCUUGAGGAUGAUUGCAUAAUAGAGCCGGCUGCUCACUGAGGUGUCAGCAGUACUUCAGACACGCCCUAUACAGAAGCACGUUAUCCAACCCCAGACCUGAGGUCUCCAAACAGACCUUGGUUUUCCUCAGCGGAGAUGGCGCGGCCAAAGCGUUCUCGCUUCAGAAAGCUCCUCUUGGUCUUGGGUACUGUGAUGACUCUGUAUCUCGGUAUCAGGCUCAGGGUUACUCUGGGCCCCAUAAUGUUUCUUUCUUUUUUCUCCCAACAAAUAUUUUAUUGGUUGUUUUGGAAUUUUGCAUCAUGUACCCCAAUCACACUCACUUCCCAGUCCUCCCAUGUCUUCCCUACCACACCCUUGUGACCUCUACCCCCCCCAAUAAAAAGAAAGAAAAAGAAGAGGAAGGAAAGAGGAAAGAAAAAAGAAAGGAAGGAAGGAAGGAAAGAAGGAGGAAAAAUCCGACUAGUGUUGCCCAUGUACUUGUGGAUCAAGGUCAGACUCCCAGCGGCCAGUCCCCGAAAGACAGCUGAGUUCUCUUCCUCGUGCACUGCCGCGGCAGCCGCAGGUGUGGAGAGCCACACUUCAGCAUCUUACACAAUCCUUAAGUGUUCUCUUCGAUGGCUUCCCUUUGGGGUUGUUACUUUGGAGUGGCUGAGGGUUUAGGGGUUGUCACGGAAGCCUUCUAUGUCCCUGCUUCUCAACUGUGCAUUUGCAGGCAUCAAUACCACUGCAAAAGUGGCUUCUGGUAGCAAGAACGUGGAUCCUCUACAUGGUUUCCAUUGCAGCACAGGUGGCAGACACCAACUAUGAACCCCCAAGGCACCCCCGAAAUAGACACCAACAUGGCCUCGGGUGCACAGACCACAGAUGUACUGCAGACGUUAAUAUGGCCUCAGGUAGCUGCACAAGCCACCAAAUCAACACGGCCCUGUGUGGCAGCACAGAGCAGGGACAUUUGCACGGACUUGGGUGGUAACACAGGCCGUGGACAUCAACAUGGCCCAGAGGCAUCAGGACCACCACAGACCCAGACAUGGCCCUAAGAGGCAGCAUGGACCACAGACAUCAAUGUAGCCUCCUGCAGUGGAACAGACCUUGAACCAUUGCGUGGCCCUCGGUGGCAGUGUGGGCCUCGAUGUCAACACAGCCCCUCCCUACAGCACAGAUCACAGACAUCCACAUGGCCUUUGGGCUUCAUCUCAGCCUGGGGCAGCAAGACCUGGAGGAUAUUUACACUUCACAGGUCAGCGUACCAUGUCAGUUCAAGUCUCAGCUUGCCAUAACCUAUGCUUACCUGAGAAGGAAGUCUCCAUGGAGGGGUUGUCUGAUUGGCCUGUGAACAUGUCUGCAGAGGACUGCCUUGAUUUUAACUGAUACAUAAGGCUCAGCCCGCUGCAGGCAGCACCACUCUCUAGGGUCUGCCCUGAACUGCGUAAGAGUUAGGAAGGCUCGCAAGCAAGCUAUCAUGCAUUAUUCUCUCCACUAUCAACUGUGGAUGUCAUGUGACUAUUUUCUCCAGUUCCUGUCUUCACUUCUCCCAAAUGAUGAGCUAUCACAGAAUUGAAGCCAGGCCCUUCUCUGCCGAAGGUUCAAGCGCCAGCGGGUCUCCUGGCAGAAAAGGGUGAAGCGAGGGGCCCCGAGUGAGCGGAGCGCAGGAGGAGGUUGAUGCCACAAGGUUUUUGGUCCAGCUGUGGGUGUUGGAAAAGAUGAUUUUCUCCGAGUUCCUUCUGGAUGCCUCCUUCCAACAUGCGUGGGGCCAAGAAUCAAAUGUGAACCUGAAACCUCCUGUCUAUCCCCAGGCCUUGGUUCCACCAUCCAAACUGUGCUUAGAGGCAUUCACCAUCAUCUGCACAGAUCACAGCAUUGAGGUUAGUUCCUGGGGCAUCUGCUUCUUGGUCUGUGCCCAUCAAAACUGGAGGCUUUAUUUUGGUCUGCCUGUCUCUCCUGCUUACUGCUGUCAUAAAUGGACUACUCGCGGCAUGGGAACCUUGCAAACGUCCUUUUAGGAUCUCUUUGCUGAACUCAGGCCCCUUUCUGUACUUUCAAGGACUCCGCUACAGAAAGCUUUGUUCCAUUUCCCAGGAUGGCACCUCUGUGGCCUGCCUGAGGAGCCUUGCUGGAUGCACAGGCCUCAGCCAUGCUGCCCUGUCCAUAGGAGAAUCUGUAAUGCCCUGGGGUAUUCACAAAGACUCCCAAAAGCUCAAGCCAUCAGAAAAGGAAGUAAGAGACUGAAUCAUUUGGGAGCCUUCUUCAAGACCUAUGUGAAGAGUUAGGGCAUGACCUAACAUCCUGGUGGCCACCCCCACUCCACUGAGUGCUAAUCAUUGCUGUACCUGACACCAAGACUGAGAACAAACAGGUUGCUUUGAAAAACAGUGGGUCAAAACCCAGGAAGCCGUGAAGUCAGAUAAACUUGUGGAUGAGCCGUGCCACGCAGGGUCAGCAUCAUCCAUCACUUAACAUGAGGAUCGACCCUCUCGGCUCACUUUAGCCCUGCCUUAGCUGCCUGGACAUCCACGCCUCCGCCCCAGCUGGUUUCUAGCACAAGAAGCCAGAGGAGCGGCUCCUCUCCUUAGGGGUGAUGCCUCCUGCUCCCCUGACACCUCUGGGACUUCAGCUGUUCGGAACAGAAUGAACCCCAUGAGCCACUCACCAGGCAGCUCCCCUCGGCCUUAGCCACUGGCCAGUGAGCGGUUCUGAACACAUCUGUGGAACUCUAUAAUACACCUGUGUUGACCAGGGGCAGUUUGUGGAUGUUAAGUUGGAAAUCCUAACACUGUGGCCCAGAGCUUCAGAUAAAAACAAAGCAAACGGAUGAAGGGGUCCCACAGGGGAAACAUUGAGAAGCUCUCUAAGGAAAAAAAAAGUAUAAAUGUGUGUGCACAGAGUAAGUUUCUAGAUGCUGAGGCAGGCACACACUGCCAGAUGCCAAGGAGCCCAUCUUGGCUCCCAAGCUCCCCUUGGACAAGAAUGGCAGAAAACACUCAUUAUGCCUCCUGCCUGAGGGACGGCCCCUCACUCACAAGCACAUCUUGGCCAGACUCAGGAGGAGACUCAUCGGAGGGGCCAUCAUUCCUUACUCAGAGAAUAUCUAUGCAAGGUCAUUGUUAGCUGGAAACAUAAAACAAGAAGCCCUAGUUUGAGCUGGGCAUGGUGGCACAUGCCUGUAAUCCUAGCAAUUAGGGGUGUCUUGAGCUGGAGGCCACACUGGUUUUUGUCUUAAAAAGAAGCCUAGCUGAGGGUCUGCCCAUCUUGUUCCCACAGAAGGCCUAGGUGUUCCGUCUGUCCAGGUCUUUCUUUCUGAGAUGUACGUAUCUGUUCCUCUGCUCACAGGCAGGAUGAAAUUCUGACUGUGAGCUCUAACUCCCACUUCUAUCUCUUGCCGUUUUUUUCUGACUGGUUAAUUUUUAUUCCAGAACAUACUGCUCCUUGUCUAAUUGUAUCCUUUCCACAAUUUGGUACAAGAAGCCAGAUUCUCUUCCCGUAACAGCUGGGGAUGACACAUUCCUGUUCUAAAUUACUCCCAGGAUGUGUGACUCAUUUUAAAAUUCCACAUUAUGAUGAGGCAAAAUUAAUAGGAGACUGGUAAAUGGAGCAGUCCCACUUCCCCUCAAGCACCCCCCAGCUGCAUCUGCAGAGAAGUCACCUGGCAAGUCCAAUGACCUCUGGAGCCUACCUGUGUCCUACAGGGCCAGCUCACAGGUGUAUCUCACGGGGUGCAGCUCACAGGUGUAUCUCAUGGGGUGCAGCUCACAGGUGUCUUACAGAUGUGUCUCACAGGUGCACUUCACGGGGUGCAGCUCACAGGUGUCUUGCAGAUGUGUCUCACAGGUGUAACCCACAGUGUGUGGUUAUGACUUCACUGAAUCCACCCCAAGGCAUCACUAGUGGAUGUUUGAGAAUGUGAGGUGAGAACGGGACAAUCCGUACAGUGCCAUUACCUUCGGACAUUCAUGCAGAGCUCCUAACAACAUGGGCCUAGGCCAUCUGUGGGGAUUGUUGAGUUCCUGACACCCCUUAACCAGCAUGCCUACAGGUUCCGUGGUAGCACCAUAAUUGGAUGUUGGAUGGGUUAGGGUUUCAGUGAGUGAGCUCCAACCUGAAUUUGUCCUGUGACCCUUUAUUCUGCUCCUUCCUGUGGUUGCCUCCAAAGUUCUCACAACUGUAGAGCAUUUCUGUGGCCCCGGAGCAGGACCGUGGGUCUCAAAGUGAAACAAGGGGACCUCUAACAGAGGUCCUCUAACAGAGAUAACAUGCCGGGUCCAUCCCAAGCCACAACAGGACUAGAUGCCAAGCAGGUGGCCUGCUGCUCUGAGCCUCAACUCCAGCACUGCCAUGUCUGUCCACACACCGGCCUCUUCCCAAAGUCUCUCUCCCGAGUCCCCAGGCAGAAUUCACUGUUUUUGGGAAAAGAGAGAGACCUCGAAGCAGACUCCUGAGAGGAAGAUGUACGUGACUCAGCAGAGACAAGGAUUUGUGGGUAAAGGGCCCUGUUACACUCAGCUAGACCCAAUGCAGCCACACAGCUGUGCAGUUAGUCAGCUGUCCUGCCUGAAACCCGCAGGUGCCAGCACAAAGCCAGUGAGAAAUUUCCCUGGUUUGACGCUGAGAAAUAAUUAAUCACGUGUACACCAAGCACACACCUUGUCAGCUGAUGCAAAAAAGCCAAAAUUGCACGCAAACACUACACCCUGAUGGAAAGGAUAUGUGGAAGAGGCAGAGUGAGGAAGCUCCCAGGUGGUCCCUGGAGGCCUGAGGUUUGAGUUCUGGUCUCACCUGGAAUGAGGCCCAGAAAUCCUUCCAAUUAAUCCAGUCUCAUCGCUGAGGUCAGGUUGGGUGCUGCAGGCUGGCUCACACACAGGACAGAGUACUAUGUCUCCCUCUGUCCUUCGGCACUCACAUGUUCUCACGCUCAGGCAAGCACACCUGUGCAACACACCCAUCACCUCUGCAGUAUGCUUAGCGCUUAGUGCGCAGGUCUGGCCUGCAGCAGGGCACCUGGACACUAGAACUGAAUCGGAACCACUCUUUUUUGUCAUCAAAUCAUGACUGCCACAGAAGCCAGCGCCUGGGCAGCUACUGUCAUCUGGAUGCACCGAAACACAGGUUUGCAGCUUUGUAAAGCAGUGCUCAUGGGGCAGCUGCAGACUGAUGCAGAACAAGAAUCUAGCAACACACAGUGCAUCCAGGAGAGCCAAGACUACACAGAGAAACCUUGACUUGAAAACAAACAAACAAAAAAGAAUCUAGCAACAGCAACACAAAGAAAUGUACCUGGAGUAAGUUUCUGUGUUCAAGGAAGUAAAAACAAACAAACAAACAAACAAAACACUUCUCCAACCCAUUUGGGUCACACAACACUGAGCAAUUCCAACGGGUCACAUGAACUUUAUGGACCCCAAAGCUAGGGAGGAGCUAGUCCAGAAAAGAGACAGGGUUUGGAGAGACAACUCUGUGGGUCCAGGGGCCUGAUGACAUCCAAAAUGAAAGGUUUAUAGCCCACAGCUAUUGAGCUUGAACCCUCCUGCUGUUGACAGGCACCUGGCUGCAGAGGAACCUUACUCCAAGCUGUGUCCUCCACAGCAGGUAAAGAUCAAGGAGAAACACGGGGAGCGACUUCUAACGGAGGACUCCAGGAGCAGUCUGCCUAACACCUCUACCUCCGCAUCUGCCUUUCUUCCUUGCACUCCCUGCCUCAGAAGUCAGCGACAGCCCUGAAAGGCCUAUGGCCACCUCCUUCCCAGGGUACCUGAGCCCCGGAAAUCAGGGACUUUUCCUCGGACCACCCCAAAUCCUUCGGCAGCUCCCCAAGCAAAGAGUCAGGGUCUGUGUUUGUGUAAUUACCAGUCUCGGGGCCUGUUUCGCCAAAAGUGACACACCUUCCCUUAACUGCCCGUUUGCCUUCACUAGUCAGGAAGCCCCCCUAGCUUUAUCCCAAACCCCGAUUCUAAAUAUCCAGUUUUUCCAGGGGAGCUAGGAUUGCAGGCCUCUGAGGUGAGAGAGGACAGGCCACUUCUGCGGUGUGAGUCAGCGGCCUCCCCGGGGCUCCCUAAUCAUCACUAAGAAAGACUUUGCUGACAACAGUGUUUGCAGAAUCCAUGUGUCCCUGGGAGUGGGGAAAGCCCUGGGCACAGCAGCAGGGACACCAUGAGCCUCAGUGAGGACCAGGUACGCAGCUUCCUAGAUGGGAACCCCACCUUUGCCCAGCAGUAUUUUGGGAAGAAGCUAAGCCCUGAGAAUGUGGCGGGGGUCUGGGACGACGGCCCGUUGGUGGGCUGCGACAGCCUGCAGGAGCUGUGCCAGGUGGAAGAGAGUGCCGCGCUGUUUGAACUGGUGCAGGACAUGCAAGAGAGCGUCAACAUGGAACGCGUGGUCUUCAAGAUCCUGCGGCGCCUCUGCACCAUCCUGCACGCAGACCGCUGCAGCCUCUUCAUGUACCGCCAACGCAAUGGCACAGCGGAACUUUACACACGGCUCUUCAGCGUGCAGCCCGACAGCCUCCUGGAGGAUUGCCUGGUGCCCCCUGACUCCGAGAUCGUCUUCCCUCUGGACAUUGGCGUGGUGGGCCAUGUGGCCCAGACCAAGAAGAUGGUGAACGUGCAGGAUGUGGCGGAGUGUCCCCACUUCAGCUCGUUCGCCGAUGAGCUCACCGACUACGUGACAAAGAAUAUCCUGGCCACACCAAUCAUGAAUGGCAAAGAUGUCGUGGCUGUGAUCAUGGCGGUGAAUAAGCUGGACGGUCCGUGUUUCACAAGUGAAGAUGAAGAUGUUUUCACGAAGUACCUGAAUUUUGCUGCAUUAAACCUGAAGAUCUAUCACCUAAGCUACCUCCACAACUGUGAGACACGCAGAGGCCAGGUACUUCUCUGGUCGGCCAACAAGGUGUUCGAAGAGCUGACAGACAUUGAAAGGCAGUUCCACAAGGCCUUCUACACUGUCCGGGCCUAUCUGAACUGUGACCGGUACUCGGUGGGCCUCCUGGACAUGACCAAAGAGAAGGAAUUCUUUGAUGUGUGGCCUGUGCUGAUGGGAGAAGCCCAGCCGUAUUCAGGCCCACGGACACCCGAUGGCCGGGAAAUUGUCUUCUACAAAGUCAUUGAUUAUAUCCUCCAUGGCAAAGAGGACAUCAAAGUCAUUCCCACACCCCCGGCUGACCACUGGGCCCUGGCCAGUGGUCUUCCAACCUAUGUAGCAGAAAGCGGCUUUAUCUGUAACAUCAUGAAUGCUUCAGCUGAUGAAAUGUUCAAGUUUCAGGAGGGGCCCCUGGACGAUUCUGGGUGGAUGAUCAAGAAUGUUCUCUCCAUGCCCAUUGUCAACAAGAAGGAGGAGAUUGUGGGUGUGGCAACCUUCUACAACAGGAAAGACGGGAAGCCCUUUGACGAUCAGGAUGAGGUUCUCAUGGAGUCUCUGACACAGUUCCUGGGAUGGUCAGUGCUCAACACAGACACUUACGACAAGAUGAACAAGCUGGAGAACCGUAAGGACAUCGCCCAGGACAUGGUUCUGUACCAUGUGAGAUGCGACAAAGACGAAAUCCAGACCAUCUUGCCAACAAGGGAGCGCCUGGGGAAAGAGCCCGCUGACUGCGAGGAGGACGAGCUGGGGAAGAUCUUGAAGGAAGAACUUCCAGGGCCUACCAAGUUUGACAUCUAUGAGUUCCACUUCUCUGACCUGGAGUGUACGGAGCUGGAGCUAGUCAAAUGUGGCAUCCAGAUGUACUAUGAGCUGGGUGUAGUCCGCAAGUUCCAGAUUCCCCAGGAGGUCCUGGUGCGGUUCCUAUUCUCUGUCAGCAAAGCCUAUCGAAGAAUCACCUACCACAACUGGCGCCAUGGCUUCAAUGUAGCGCAGACCAUGUUUACGCUACUCAUGACAGGCAAACUGAAGAGCUAUUACACAGACCUGGAGGCCUUCGCCAUGGUGACAGCUGGCCUGUGCCACGACAUCGACCAUCGCGGCACCAACAACCUGUACCAGAUGAAAUCCCAGAACCCUCUAGCUAAGUUACAUGGCUCCUCAAUUCUGGAAAGGCACCACCUGGAAUUUGGGAAGUUUCUGUUGGCAGAGGAGAGCCUGAACAUCUACCAGAACCUGAACCGGCGGCAGCACGAGCAUGUGAUUCACCUCAUGGACAUCGCCAUCAUCGCCACUGACCUGGCCCUCUACUUCAAGAAGAGAACAAUGUUCCAGAAGAUUGUGGAUGAGUCCAAGAACUAUGAAGAUAAGAAGAGCUGGAUUGAGUACCUCUCCCUAGAGACAACGCGGAAGGAGAUUGUCAUGGCCAUGAUGAUGACGGCAUGUGACCUGUCUGCUAUCACCAAGCCUUGGGAAGUCCAGAGCAAGGUCGCUCUUCUGGUGGCUGCUGAGUUCUGGGAACAAGGAGACUUGGAGAGGACUGUCUUGGAUCAACAACCCAUUCCCAUGAUGGACCGGAACAAAGCAGCCGAGCUCCCCAAGCUGCAAGUUGGCUUCAUCGACUUUGUGUGUACUUUCGUGUACAAGGAAUUUUCUCGGUUUCAUGAAGAGAUCCUGCCCAUGUUUGACCGACUGCAAAAUAACAGAAAGGAGUGGAAAGCUCUAGCUGAUGAGUAUGAGGCCAAAGUCAAGGCCCUGGAGGAAGAAAAGAAGAAGGAAGAAGACAGAAUAGCAGCCAAGAAAGUGGGCACAGAAAUUUGCAAUGGUGGUCCAGCACCCAAGUCAUCAACCUGCUGUAUCCUGUAAGACCUAUCUAGUGGCUUCCGGUACCUCCUGCCACUCACCACUGGACAUGGACUCUGCCUAUAGCAGUUUGGUAUAAGACAUUAGAAACAGGAAAAAAAAAUGAUCAAACCUAACUUUGGAUAUUCUGAAAUCUUAAAGGUGUUUUUACAAAUUAAAGCCAACUAUGACUAAGUUAA